AGGAGACGUUGGGAUGCCGGCCCGGCCCAGUAGCAUGCUGGCUCCGGCGGUGCACGGGGAAACAGCGAGAAACAGCAUGCAGUGGGUCGGCGUGUCGGACCUCGUCGCGCUCGCCCGGCAGCACCGCGAAUACGAAGCGAGGCGCUCCCGUUGACGAAGUGCCCUUCCGUUCAAGAUGCCCGUCGUUUCGAAGUCUUCAACAUACGAGCACGUGUGACAUCUGAGGAAGUCAGAGAUGUGUAGGAGGUUCUUCGGCUUCUGGUGUCGGAGAGGUAGUGAUACGCAGACCUUGCUGACAAGUUUGGAGCAAGAUGCGAGCAGCUAUGAAGAGGGGUCCCUGUCGGACUUCGACUUGCUGCCGGACGAGGUCAUGCUGCACAUCUUCUCCUUCCUGACGCACGGCGGGCCGCUGCUGGACGCCGUGCCGCUGGUGUGCCGCCACCUGCGCCACCUCAACCUGCACCUGAGCGCGCCCGGCGACGACCGUACCUCCAACAUGGCGGCGCUGCUCGGCUGGAUGCAGCCGCGCCGCUGCGACGCGUUUCAGGUCAUCGCCGACCUGCCCCGGCUGCGCGAGCUGCACCUCAGCUUCCCCAAGGAGCGGCCCCUUGAGUACAACGGCGCGCUGCGGGGCUGCGCGCGCGGCCUGCGCGUGCUGACGGUGGACCGGUGGCUGGAGAGCCCCGCGGCCUCGGACGACCUCCUCGGCGACCUGCUGCACGGCGCGGCGGCCUCGCUGCGCCACCUGCGCGUCUGGCACAAGUCCGGGCGCGGCGACAUCCUGGAGAAGGUGGUGAAGUGCAGCGAGCUGGAGCGGCUCUCCCUGCUGGGCUGCAACGGCGUGGGGCUCGCCGAGCUGCGCCGCCUGCGCAGCCUCUCCAGCCUCCGCCUGUCCGUCUUCUCCCCCGACGUGGCCACCGCCCUCAACCACCUCGCCGACGUGCGGCGGGUGUGCUUCGACGAGCUGCCGCGCCUGCAGCGACUCUGGGUCUCGUUCGGCUGGAAGCACCUCAAGACGGAGUCGCUCGCCGACAUGCUGGCGGACUGCGCCGCCGACUUCAAGGAGUGCAGGCCGGACGUGGACGGCAAGUGGGACCUCCUGUGAGUGCGAGGAGGGACAGCCGGCCUGGAGCCAGUGGCGUGCGCAGAAAGUUUGAAAGUGGGGGUUCAGGCCAUGCUUUUUGCCUACUUACAGGGGAAAGUGAUGCAAUUUGCCUACCUUCCAGGAGGCUGGCUAGUGGUCAAAAAGGCGGGGGUCAUGCUUGACUCCCCCCCCCCUCUUGCGCACGCCACUGCCUGGUGCUGAACACUCUUAAAAGCCUACGAAGCAUUUGCCUCAUAACUACGAAGAAAACCAGGGCAUUGUACAACUACUUCAUAUUGAAAGCUUGCAUUUCUUCGCAGCUUUCUCAAAGCCUUUUCUGGCUUCGUAUCACGAAGCGUUUCUUCGUGUAGUUUUUGCUGUGAACGUCCGUAAGUCACAGUUGCAAAAAGGUGAAAUUGCUCAUUGUGUGAAAUACUUACACGUAGUACUUUAGGUUUUGAAAUACUUCUUUUAGAUAUUUUUGUAUUUAGAGUUUGUAGCGUGUGUGUGUGUGUGUGUGUGUGUGUGUGUGUGUGUGUGUUUUCUGUGCCAUCAGAUAUGCCCUUGUUUUAACUUAAUGAGUUAUGUUAAGUUAACUUUAUGAGUUUAAUGAGUGAAAUAUGAAUUAUCGACGUGAUUCUGGUCGUGACAUCUUGGAAGUGAAACGCGCUUUUAAUUUAAGGUUGGCACGGGUCGAAAACUUUCCAUAAAAAUUCAAAAAACAAUAUGCCCUUUCGUAACAUAAGGCCAAAAAAUAUGGAAAAUUUAUUUAUUUAUUGAGACUUAUUUAUACAGAAUAAAAUCACUGUUUCAACCCUA